UAAGAACGACAAAGCUGGAGGUACACGCUGGGUGAGUUUUUUACGCCAACAAAAUGAAAUCGCAUCAUGAAAUGAUUUGAAAUGCAUAUUCCUAUCCACUGCUUACGCAUCGCAUCAUUUUAUUCUUUGCUUCUUUAGCAAGUACCUUGGGGGAAACACGCUCCAGCUUCCCGCAAAUGGACSAACACAGCCGGCCACGAUCACAAAGUAAACAAAACCAAUGUGAUGCCGAUCGUUGUUGUGCGAGAUCCAUAYAGCUGGAUGCAAAGUAUGGUAAGAUUCGUACUCUUCUCUCCCAAACUGGCUUCGCUAUAAACACAAACACAUAUGACUCUAGUUCGACUUUKCAGUCUUAUAUUGUUGUAACUCGUUUUGAGAAUCCUAUUUUUUCCUCACSUUUCUGUUAUGACUGUAAAUUUCGUUCCAUGUGUCUUUUUUCCCAGUGUAAACAUAAUUAUGAGGCGAGAUGGCCACAUUCAAUAUUUUGUCCAAACCUUGCCAAACCUGAACUUCUUCCAAAUGGAAAACCGGAUAUUGUCCCGAUUAAAGUGAAAUACAAUCCACCAGCCAACUAUACAUCAUUAGCUCAUUACUGGGCGCAGUGGUACAAAGAAUAUCUUGAAGCAGAUUAUCCUCGCUUGAUCGUUCGAUUUGAAGACAUUCAAUUUCAUGCGAAGGAACUGGUCGAAACAGUUUGUCAAUGUGCAGGGGCUGUUCCCCGAGAGGAUGACGCCCUCUUUCGUUACGUUGUUGACAGUGCCAAGUGGGGCGCAGCACACAAAAGCCAUACCAACAUGGUUUCGGCAAUGGUCAAGUAUGGUUCGGAAGAAAAUCGCUUCAAGGGAAUGAGGGAAGUUGACUGGCUUGUGGCAAAAGAGGUGUUUACACCGGAAAUCAUGGAUCUGUUUGGUUACAAAAUGCCAGAUCACUUGWAAUAGAAURCAUUAAAUAGCUGGAUUGAUA